UCUUCUCCCACCUUUAUAUGACUUUGUCAGGAGCCCCCAUUGCAUGCAUCCAAUCUGAGUAUCCUGAGACAAAAAAAAGUGAUGGUGAUGAGAAUGGCAUACAUGAUAUACAUUCCAUGGCUCUUGGUAGCUCAGUUUCUGCUACUAGUCCCUUUAACCACAAGUAAAGUUCCAGCAAUCAUAGUGUUUGGAGACUCAUCUGUGGAUGCAGGAAACAACAACGCCAUUCCGACUCUUCUCAAGAGCAAUUUCAAGCCUUAUGGGCGUAAUUUUCCCGGCGGCCGCGCCACUGGACGGUUCUGCAACGGCCGCGUUCCGCCGGACUUCAUUUCUGAGGCUUAUGGGCUCAAACCAUUAAUACCUGCCUACUUGGAUCCUGCCUACACUAUAGCAGAUUUUGCCACUGGAGUUUGCUUUGCUUCUGCAGGCACAGGCUAUGACAAUGCAACUUCUGCUGUAUUAAAUGUGAUACCAAUGUGGAAGGAAUUGGAAUACUACAAGGAUUACCAAAACAAAUUGAGAGCUUACCUUGGGAAUGAAAAGGCUAAUGAAAUUUUGAGUGAGUCUAUAUAUUUGAUGAGCUUAGGAACAAACGACUUCCUAGAAAACUACUACAUAUUCCCAACCCGGCAGUCUCAAUUCACCAUCAAACAGUAUCAGGAUUUUCUGGUUGGCCUUUCUGGAAAUUUCAUUAGGGAGCUUUAUGCCCUUGGAGCUCGGAAACUAUCCCUCACUGGGGUUCCUCCAAUGGGGUGUUUGCCACUGGAGAGACUCACAAAUAUAAUGGGACAUCAUGGCUGCAAUGAGGAAUACAACAAUGUGGCUUUGGAAUUUAAUGGCAAGUUGAAGGCUAUGGCGAGAAGGCUGAAUAAGGAGCUUCGUGGGCUCACAAUAGUGCUUGCAGAUGCAUAUCAGAUUGUAGAUCAAAUGAUUAGAAGACCUUCUUUAUAUGGAUUUGAGGUAGCAGGAGUGGCAUGUUGUUCGACGGGGACCUUCGAGAUGAGUUACCUGUGCAGCGACGACAGUCCACUUACAUGCACAGAUGCGAACAAGUUUGUCUUCUGGGAUGCCUUCCACCCUACAGAGAAAACCAAUCGCAUCGUCGUGGAUCAUUUAAUACAUGGUCUUCAACAAACGUUUCGUUGAUUAAUUCAUAUAUCAAAAACCAGAAAAACAAAUCUAUGAUCAAUUUCUACUGGAUUUAAUUUGAUGAUGUUCAUGAUAUUAAAUGCAUGUUAAUUUAAAUAUUUCAUCUUUGGAAGUACCUUUUGAAGAGAGAAUAUUUUUCUGUUGUGUAUCUUUGUUUUUUGAUUAUUAUAUUUAAGCAAUAUGGUUGUUAGGU